CCCAUCCUUAAUCUGGCAAUCCGCCUCAGCCGUCAGCCGCAACGCGAAGGAAAGGCAAGUAGUACUUAGCUGGUUCUAAUUCCCUCUUGUAACCUGAUCCAUUGUAAGUUAUCGCAGUAUCAGUAUGUAAGUUGCCAUCAUUUCCCCUGAAUUCACUCGUGAAAAGCUAAGUAAGUACUUUCAUUUCUUCCGGCGUAUUAACACCAGCGUUUCCCGGCCGUCUCGGCUCUCUGCAACCAAUUUUGUCAGUCAAAUUUUUAUCCUUCUCAUUGCUCAAUAAAUCAUCUUUAGACACCAGUGGAAGCUUCUCAUCAGUGCUGUCUGUCAAGUCAACUUCGUGAUGUCUUCAGCCUAAGUUAGUGGGUGUCAUAUGCUUGCCUUCAUCUUGCGCUGACCCAUCAAAACGUCGUCAUGAAAAGAUCAGGCACUUUCAAUCAACAGGGAGGCAACAAUGCCCGUUCUCAGCAGGUGCAGCAUCUGUCGAUGAGACCGUCCUCGAAUUCAUCAUCAGGGGGCAAACGGGGCUCUGGUGGAGAGUCAAGAUCAUCUCAAUCGCAGACCAAAGGGGACUAUUCUCAUGGAUCCAACUCUGGAGGUCCCUCCUCGUCUAAGAAAAAAAAGAAAUUAGCAGACAAAAUUUUACCACAAAAAGUGAGAGACUUGGUGCCAGAAUCGCAGGCUUAUAUGGAUCUUUUGGCAUUCGAGCGAAAGUUAGAUUCAACAAUAAUGCGGAAACGUCUUGACAUUCAGGAAGCACUGAAAAGACCGAUGAAGCAAAAGAGAAAAUUAAGAAUUUUUAUCUCCAACACAUUUUACUCCUCCAAAGAUCCACCCACUGAAGUCACGGAUGAUACAACCGGCAUUGCUUCUUGGGAACUGCGUGUGGAAGGUCGUCUCCUAGAAGAUUCAAAAACUGAUGCAAGCAAGAAACGAAAAUUUUCUUCCUUCUUCAAGUCUUUGGUGAUUGAGCUGGAUAAAGACCUGUACGGUCCUGACAAUCAUCUUGUCGAAUGGCAUAGAACUCCCACGACACAAGAAACCGAUGGAUUUCAGGUAAAACGGCCAGGUGACAAAAAUGUGAGAUGCACGAUUUUAUUAUUACUUGACUAUCAACCUCUCCAAUACAAGUUGGAUCAGAGGUUGGCACGACUACUUGGAGUACACACACAGACUCGUCCAGUAAUCAUCAGCGCCUUGUGGCAGUACAUCAAGACACACAAGUUGCAAGACAGCCACGAGAGGGAAUGGAUCAACUGUGAUAAAUACUUGGAACAAAUAUUCUCUUGUCCUAAAAUGAAGUUCGCUGAAAUCCCGCAGAGAUUAAAUCCACUGCUGUCGACACCUGAUCCAAUUGUCAUUAGCCAUGUUAUCAGUGUGGAAGGCGCAGAUCAAAAGCAAACAGCGUGUUAUGAUAUUGAUGUCGAGGUAGAUGAUACGUUGAAGACACAAAUGAAUAAUUUCCUCCUGUCUACAGCGAGUCAGGUUGAAAUUCAGACCCUGGACAACAAAAUCCAUGAAACAGUAGAAACGAUAAAUCAACUUAAAACAAACCGAGAGUUUUUCCUAAGUUUGGCAAAAGAUCCGCAACAAUUCAUCAACAAAUGGAUCAUAUCUCAGACUAGAGAUUUGAAGACAAUGACAGACGUUGUUGGAAACCCAGAAGAGGAGAGGCGAUCUGAAUUCUACUAUCAGCCGUGGGCACAAGAGGCUGUCUGCCGCUAUUUCUACUCAAAAGUUCAGCAGAAGCGCGUAGAACUUGAGGAGGCCCUAGGCAUGCGGAACGGCUAAGUCUCAAGCAACUCACCACUCUUAUUUAUUUUUAUUAUAUCGCGGGAUUUAGGUUUAAGUCAACUUCUACAUGUAAUGUAAGACUGUUGCUUCAAGUUCGACCUCAAAGGUCUGGUGGGUUUUGUGACCCUCUCGUCGUUUUGAAAGAUCUAUUGGAGGAUUGCCUUUGGUCAUUGGUGCUAGAAUAGAGCUGAGUGUUCUUUCGAAUGAACUGGCUGAAGUUUUUUUUUUCUUACCUGUAACUCAGGUAGCUCACUGAUGUUUUUAUGGCCAACGAUGCUUAAAUUUAAUCGGAGAGUUUGUGGCUUGGAUUUUUCCAUUUUUCACUUUUUUAAAUGCAUAUUUUCCGAUUCAGAAUUUGUUACUAGACAGUCUCAGAACUUGGAAUAUCCUUGUUCAUUUAUCCUCGUCCAAAUUUGUGGUAAAAUGUGGUUGACACAUCGGAGAUUGUAAAAUCUAUACCAAGAUUAGGUACAGUGGAACCUCACUUAGUCCGAACCUGCUUUAGCCGGAAACCCUGCUAACGCUGUAAUCAUGGCACGGUCCCUAAGGUGGAGCAUUUUUCCACUUUUUUCGAAAUUGCGGAUUGGGUAGGGCAGAAAAUUUGCUCCUCAGAAAACUAUUGGAGGCGUGUUGUUUCUUUUUCCGAAAUUUUGACUCCUUCCGUUGCCCCCAAGCCCUUAAAGUUUUGAUUUUUUCGGAAAAUCGUGUUUUUUCAGAGUAAAUCUCGAUAUUGAAGCGUUACUGUCGUAAAAAUGACCAAAUUAUAUGGUAGCAUAGUGCCACUAAGACCUAUAGAGCUUAUUUUGAGAGGCACAUUGUCGCCAACUUCCCAAAAUUUACGGAAAUAACACAAUUUCUGGUAAUUUUCGAAAAUCUUUGAAAAUUCGGCGCCCUGCCAGAAAAACAGCCAAACGGAGAAGUGUGACUUUGCCGUAAGACUUUUCAGUGGUAUUUUUGCACGUUUACUUCAUUUUUUCAUACAAAACUACCAAAAACUUACUUCUAAGAUCGUCAAGGUAAGGAAAAUAGGGGUAAAAUUGUGUUUUUUUCAUGAAUAUUUGCACUCAAACUGCCCCUAAUCGAUCUGAAUACCACAUUCUUUUUUAUCUAUAGCCAUCAGCUCAACUCUCCAAAUUCUGAGAAAAAUCAAGAAAUAGUUACUUGGAAACGUGUAAUAAUGUUAAAUCGCUAAGAUAUAAUAAUAAAGAUAGAGCUCACUACAAGGACAUGGUUGUUAGUAGAAUUCCAUUUGUUCAGUUCGGUCCUCAAUUUUUGCUGCUUGUACAUGGUUGAUCGGUAGGGUUCACUAUGAACUGGCGUUUUGUGUUGAAUGCGGGCAUUAAUUUUCUUGAUUCAAGCUUAUUCCUAGUAAACCCCUCUCUCUCCUGUGGUGAAACAUUUUUCGCGGCAUGUGACACUAACUUGACGGCCCGCUCAACACUCUGCGUGUGACAGGGUAUCUUGAAAAAGUUAGUUCUAAAAGGCACUUUUUCCGUGACAAAAUCCUCCAAAUCUCCGCUCGGUACAUGCUGCAGCAAUGGUGGUUCAGUGAUGUUUGUACUAUUCCAAUCGAUCAUUUCUGUGUAGUUAUUGGCGUUGAAAUUGAUUGGUGGUAUCCGGAACUUUCUGAUGGCUGAAGUUUUUUCUGUCUGGCUUGCAGUAUCUCUUUAAGAGCUCUCUUUCUGAUCUGUAAGUCUUCAUCCACGAGCAUGGCCAAUAGAAUAUUUUCGCAAUGAGCAUAAUAACCAUUUCUCUCUAUCACAGGUUUUACUAUUUCUUGAAGCUCUGUUGGAAGUGUUUUUAUAAGAACUAUUUCUUUUGAAAAAACUUUGAGAUGGGAACUUGUUUCUUCGCUCUUAAGCCGACUAGCUGAACUACUUCCUCCAAUUUUUGAAGAUUCAUGGCCUGUCCAUCGAUGCCAUGUUCAGCCGCAAAAAGUUUCAAAGUUCCGAUUGCCUCCAGUGCAGAAAUGGGGGAUACUUUUUCAACAGAGGGCUCUUCUUCAUCCUCUGAUGAUUCGGGUGCCUCCGGAUUGAGCCCUUCGACAAGCUCAUCGAUUCCCACCUCAGGAGCAAUAUCAGCCUCGUCGUCAGCACUGAUGUAGGAGUCGAGGGUGAUCGUCGAAUCACCACCAAAAAAUUCUCGAAGUUCGCUGAAAAGAACUUCAUCGGAUGGCACAUUUUCGACUAACAUUGCGUCCUCGUCAUCUUUGUCUUCAAUUUCGGACAGAAUUUCAUCUAACACCAUAUCAUCAUCGGAAACUACAGCUUUGGGAACUACAGCCGACGACUCCGGGGUCUUCUUUUGUUUUGCCACUUUUUUGCAAAAUCCGGCUUUCGCAAAACAGUUUUGAAUCGAGGUGGGGGUAACUUUAUCCCAGGCUCCAGCCAACAUACCCACAGCAUGGUGAAGAUUAAUUUUUAGGUCCUUAGCUGUUGGUUUCUCUUUUCCUUUGAUGAUAUUGAGGCAACGACGCACUAAAUGCCUCCGAAAAUAGCCCUUGGUGAUUUUUAUCACGCCUUGGUCCAUCGGCUGGAGUACGGAUGUACAAUUCGCCGGAAAAAAUUCAAUUUUGACGUGAGUCAAAUCAGGAAUCUCAGGGGGACGAAGUACCAAUGAAAAAUAAAGGAAAGUAACAAUAAUCAAAUCAAGAACGAAGACCACAAAGAAAAGAUACUAAGGGAAAAAAAAUUAAAAUGAAAAAUUAACAAUAAUAUUCAAUUUAACCCGUUGACACCAUAUUUAUCCCAUCCUGAGCAAAAAAUUUUUUGAAUUCAUUAAUUUGCUCCUUUCACUGAUCAGAAAAAACUACUUUCUCAAAAUUUUGAUAGGAGCCAAAUUUUAUUUGAUGUCCACAAUUAUGGACAGCAGGCAUUAAAGGAGUCAAAUGAGGAUAGUUAAUUGUUGGUUUCUUUUCAAUUUUUGUUCGUAUUUUUUUCAAUAUAAAGAAUCAGUAAUGCUUGUUAAAGAUGUUUAGAAAUUAGGAAGAAUAAGAUUAUUUUAUUGCAUGACUCAUGACAUGACAAUGGAGAAACAAUAUACGAUUGUAUAUGUUUAUAUAUUUUAUAAGCUUUACCUUUUUGUUGUUCUGGAAUUACUUCUUCCACUUUGUUGGGUCCAACUCCUUGUACACAGUGUUGGGCAUUACCGACACUUGAUCUAUUGCCUGUAGCACUCUCCGUUGCAGCAUCUGCACCAUCGGUUGUUCCUCUCGUCCCCAUGCCAUCGUCGCUCUGAAGUCCGCGUGACGCCAGUAAUCCUCUUGUUUCACAUUCUUCAAGGAGGACGUUUUGGUCACUGAUACCGUUACUAGAUAAUAUCCAUCUACAGGUUCCGAUAUGAAUUGCGAGACUUUCCCGUCUCGCUUGUAGGAAAUAUUUAGGGUAAUUUUUCCAUCUCCGUCGGUCGAAAUUCUUUUUUCUGAAAAUCUUGCGAAUACGUCCUCCUCCGAGACCGACUCGCCGGAACAAUUUUGAAAUUCCACAUUUACAGGUUGAGUUCCGCCACCAACAUGCAUGGAUGGCGUGGAUGUGGUUGCCGUGUGUCGCGACAAGCUCGGGGCACCUUGCACUGGAUUUGUAUAUCGCUGCAAGAACUGAUUUUUUAAUUGGCUCGGUAACUUCAGACCAAUAAACAUCAUGGAUGAUUGACAUUUCAGCAGGUAAUUGAUCAAAUGUUGUACACCAGCGGUCUUCAACUGCCCUGGAGUAAAAUGAGUUUUCAUAAUUUUUUGAAGUAGAAGCGAUAUUACCGUCCACUUGUAGUCGAUGUUUGGAAACUUUUUCGUUUCGAAAGAAUUUUCCAAAAUCCACUGUUGCAUUUCGGUCAGUGUCUGAUUCAGAGGAACUAAAUUCAAAGUUGUCAGUUCCGUUGCCUGUUGAAUUAGCUUGAUUGUAUCUGAUUCCAUCAGAUUCUCCGCUGUUAUUUCCGGUUCCGGUUCCUCUCCCGAUGUUUCUUCGUCCGUUUCCAAAGUCAGUUCCUCUAUUAUCUUCUGCUUCUUCAUUGGUUGUUUUCCUUUGUUCUUGGAAGUUGAAGACUUCAAAUCGCUGAGGAUUAAGGAUUCUUCCUCGUUGUCCGAAAUUUGAUGGUCCAGGGAUUUCCUCUUUUUCAGUUCUUCCUCCAUCUGUUGCACUUUUUCCUUCUGAAGUACAAUGUCCUCCAGAGUUACGUCUUGAGAUUCCGGAAUCAUCGACGAAAGAUUCUCCAUAUUUUUUAAAAAGAGCUGCGAACGAACUACACGUAGAGUCACUAUCACUUUCCGCGGAAGGCACGUAGUCUUGAUCACUGUCAACAAUUUCAAAGGAAGAUGAAGUAGACAUUUAAGAAUGAUACUGGAGUCGCCCUAUUUAUAUGCUUGAGUUUGCGCACGUCGCAAAAACUGCAACGUGAUCCGACCAGCCCACCCGUCCUUAAUUGGUUUUCGACGUUGCAAUAUCGGGAUUAAAAGGUGACACUGUGCCCCCGGCCCGGCCGGCCCGACCGACCCGACCCGGCUAAUGACAUAAGCUUGAAUUAACUGAUGAGCCCUGCGUCGACCGAUCAAUGUAAUUAUCGAUUUAUCAUGAUAAUUACGAUCGGUCAUGACGUCAAGAGUCAAAAACCUGUAAGUUUACACACUCAGUAUAAGUGUAUACCUUCAACUAUUUUAUUAAACUGUAAUAGUCACGUCUUAACUCUUUUUGAAGUAAAACGUAAACAUGGUACUUUUUAUCUGCUAAUUUUCUUUGCUAUUCUUUUGUAUAAUGAAAAUAAAAGGAAAAUAAGAUUAAAAAAAUCAGGAACGGAGACCACAAAGAAAAUGAAAGGAUAAUACCAACUAACAAACCAAGUACCAAUGAAAAAUAAAGGAAAGUAACAAUAAUCAAAUCAAGAACGAAGACCACAAAGAAAAGAUACUAAGGGGAAAAAAAUUAAAAUGAACAAUUAACAAUAAUAUUCAAUUUAAUAACUAUAAAUUGGAACAAUAGGAGAACUGUUUCUCAAACUACCACGUGUCUGUUGUCGUGUAGAAAAACUUGUUUCUGUACAUGCUCAUUUUAUUUUAUUUUUACAAUUGGUAAAUGAGCUGUGUACAUGGCCAUCAUACAGAUCAGGUUAUACAUGCUAGAUAGGUACAUGAUAGUAGUAGGCACAAGAUACAAUAAAAAUAGGAAAGUAAUCCGAAACAGGGUCUAUAGGUUGAUGAAUUCUUCCUCAGAGUAUGGGGCAUUUGUAGCUAGCUACAAAUAAUUUGGCUCACCUUCAUUUAACGAAUUUAAAUUGGCUUUUGGGUUCAAAAGCAGGCAUCAACAAUCUCGCCUUCAACUUGGAUCGAAUCAGCCCAUCUCUUUCCUCUCCUCCACAGACUAAUGCGGAUGCCUCGGUGACAAUCUUGACGCAUCUUUCGACACUUUUUGUGUGACAAGGAUAUUUGUAAAAACUGUAAUUCUGGAGGUCCUUUUCUCUUGUCAAAUUUUCUAGAUCUUCUUCGGAGAAAUACUGUAAGAUAGGCGGCUGGGUUACUGUGACUUCGUCCCAGAAAAUCAUUUCACUGUAGGUUUCCGCGUUAAAAUUGAGAAGGGGCACUUUGAAUUUUCGUACUGUUGAGCUUUUAGUCCUCCGAGCGUUCAUGAUUUUUUGCACGGCCAAUUGUUUAACAUCUUCUAAUGCAUUGUUGAGCAUAGCAAGCAGGAUGUUUUCUGGAUGGGCGAAAAAAGCAUUUCUUUGAAUGACAGGGUGGACAAUGUCUCUGAUUUCUGUGCUACAUUCUCUAGUCAAUUCAAUUAUUUUGAACAGAUGUUUGGCCCCUGCAGUGCAUGAUGACUGGGUUUUAAUUGCAAACCAGCUCGGCGUGUAUACUUUCAUUAUGUACGUAGCGAUGGUCACCAGGGAUGAAUCGGGAUUUUCGGUUCCUACAUACGGUCUCAGUGCUCGAUUGGCGGUCGUGAGCCAUCUCACGUGCGUAAUAUUGCCAGGAUCACGAUUUGCGAGGUCAGCGGGGCAAAAUCCAGAUUUUGAUUUUUUUAAUUUUGAGGGCAGAGUUACAAUUUGGUGCCUCUUGGAAAUUUCCCAAGCAUCAAGAGUGGCUGAAGUAUUAAGAAAAGGUAGUAACGAUUUUAAGAAAAAUGUGGCUUCAUUCCUAUUUACAUCAUUUGCACCCGUCCAGACAAUUUCAUGCUUACGAGAGCAAACUUAUCAAUCAACUUAUCUUUUAUCUUAUCUCUUACUUACUAUUAUGCUUUUAUAUGUAUCAUAAUUAUUUACUACACUAUUAAAGUCAGCGCCAGGCAAUGCUGCAUUUUGUCUCAUGAGAUAGCUUCAGGCGUCAAAAUUCCUUUCCUAUCUUUGAGCAUUGAAGCUGCAGAUUUAUUCAACAUGCAGGUUGAGAUUUUUUCUAGUUUUAAAGUUUGAGCUCUUUCCAAAACUUUUAUGUGUAGUUGAUAAGCAUGGUUUUCUACAACAAACGAUGUUUAAGAUUCACAAUAAGCCCACAUGUAGAGAAUUGUUGUUCACUGUUUAUGUUUGCUCCUUGUAUAGCGAAAUAUUCCUUUGCUACCAGGCGAAGGUUUAUGGGUGUUUCUCCCAGUUUCUUUCAAAAAUUCAAAAGCAUUAAGCUUCUUAUCAGCUAUGCAAUUAAGUAAUUUGCAAAUUGCAAAUCAGUUUUGCUUUCAACAAGUCUUAUUCUCCAGAUUUUUGUGUAGGAAAUUCAUCUAGACUGGACCAGAAAGGGGGUUGUCCCUCCUCUUUUUCUCGUGGGGCAUCGGUUCUUUUAUCUUCUACGUUGAAUUUAUGAACUUUAGGCACGUUCCUAUGAAAGAAUGAAAAUAUUUAUUAGUCUUUCACUCAUCACUGGUGGUCAAAGGCUUACAUUCUGGCUGGUACAUCGACCUCGAACCAACUAAGUUGAGGACAAAA